UGCUGUCCUGCGCAGACGCACACGCAUGUGACAGGUCUAAGCAGCUAUCACACUGGAAGGAAGCUCGUCCAUCCUCUUACUAUACAGAUCGGAGGUACCACAGAUCACGUGACGGCCGUAGCUCAGGCUUUUCAUUACGUAAGCGCUCCAGCAGCUCUCCCUAAUAACAAAAUAUCACUGAAGUUGACUAGUGCCUUUUUCACAACCACCAUGGCUCCAACAACCGCUAAAGACACUGAGAAGCACUGCGUCCUGUGCUGCCAAGAAGUCGACAUCUUCGCCUUGGGAAAAUGCGACCACCCGGUCUGUUACCGCUGCUCCACCAAGAUGAGGGUGCUGUGCGACCAGAAGUACUGCGCCGUCUGCCGGGAAGAGCUCGACAAGGUGGUGUUUGUGAAGAACCUGGAGGCCUUCUCGUCUCUGCCCUACCAGCAGUUCCCCUGUGAGAAGAAGUACGAUAUCUAUUUCUGUAACGAGAAGAUCUACGCCCAGUACAGGCAUCUGCUGUUGCCAGAGUGCCUCUGCUGUUCAGAACCAAAGGUCUUCUCCAAGUAUGAGGAGCUAGAGUAUCACAUGAGGAAGCAGCACGAGCUCUUCUGUUGCAAGCUCUGCACAAAGCAUCUCAAGAUCUUCUCCCAUGAGCGUAAAUGGUACAACCGUAAGGAACUGGCUCGUCACCGAGCACAUGGAGAUCCAGACGACACCAGUCACAGAGGACACCCGCUCUGCAAGUUCUGCGAUGACCGCUACCUUGACAAUGAUGAGCUGCUUAAGCACUUGCGCAGGGACCACUACUUCUGCCAUUUCUGUGACGCAGAUGGUUCACAGGAAUAUUACAGUGAUUACCCGUACCUGAGCGAGCACUUCAGAGAGAGUCACUAUCUGUGUGAGGAGGGCCGCUGUGCCACAGAACAGUUCACCCAUGCAUUCCGCUCUGAGAUCGACUACAAGGCCCACAAAGCUGCAGCACACAGCAAGAACCGAGCAGAGGCCCGACAGAACCGCCACAUCGACGUGCAGUUUAACUACACCUCCAGACAGACCAGGAGAAAUGAAGGUGUCAUGACAAGCGAGGACUACGAGGAGAUGCGUCAGACACGAGGAGGAGGAGGAGGAAGAGGAAGGCCUCAGGGGGGACAGAAGAGCUGGAGGUAUUCCAGAGAGGAAGAGGACAGGGAGGUGGCAGCUGCUAUGCGGGCGUCCUUGGCACAGUGUCGGCAGGAGGAGAGAGGAGCGAUGCAGGAGAGGAGCGCUCCCAAACACUGCAGGGAGGAGAGAGGAGCGAUGCAGGAGAGGAGCGCUCCCAAACACUGCAGGGAGGAGAGAGGAGCGAUGCAGGAGAAGAGCGCUCCCAAACACUGCAGGGAGGAGAGAGGAGCGAUGCAGGAGAAGAGCACUCCCAAACACUGCAGGGAGGAGAGAGGAGCGAUGCAGGAGAGGAGCGCUCCCAAACACUGCAGGGAGGAGAGGGGAGCGAUGCAGGAGAGGAGCGCUCCCAAACACUGCAGAGAGGAGAGGACCGAGAGAGCAGAACCAGAAGAACACAGGACCGGACACAUCAAACCUCCAGUAAGAACAAUGAAGAGCUCUAAUCCAGGGGAUGGAGAAGAUGACUUCCCAGCUUUAGGAGCCACAGCUGCCCCACCCAUCUGUGUAAAGCCAGCUCCUGUGGCGGUAACAGCAGUCCACGCAGCUUUGAAGGAAGACGACUUCCCCAGCCUCUCAGCUGUAGCUGUUUCAUCCCCCAUGACCCCGGCUUACUCUGCACAACCUAAGAAGUCUUCCUCUUUCCAGGAGGAAGAUUUCCCCGCGCUCGUGUCCAAAAUCCGGCCCCUCAAACAUUCAGCUGGCACCAACUCUGCUUGGUCCAACCACACCGCUGUAGCUAAACCCCACACUCAGCCUCCUCCGUCCUCCAGACCUUCCCCUCCUCUCCCGUCUGUGUCCUCUGGCCCUCAGCUCCUCUCCUCCUCCAACUCUUCAUCUUUGCGGAGGAAAAAGAAGUUAAUGGAGAACGAAACGGCGACAUCUACCCGGUCUCCUCCACCUCCUGCUGUUGAUGACGAUAAGGGAGGGUUGACGCAGCAGGAGUUCCGCUCGGUGCCCACCAUGUUGGACAUCUCCUCUCUGCUCACCGUCAAAGGAGGCAACAGCAAACCCCCCACUGUGACCUCCAACGCUCCAAACCCGACCCCCAUUCCUGAUCCUUUUACCUCUAAAGCCAGCAAGAAGAAAAAACAGCAGAAGAACACGGCUGUUCCCUCCACGUCUGUGUCUUCAGGGACGACACAAACUGUAAAUACGAUCUCAGUGGAGACGGCAGCACAAAAGGAGAACGUCCCCGAGAAGAGUUGGAACAAACCCCCCUCCAGUGCCGUGACGGCGGCUCUGAUGAGCGGAUUGGCUAAUGGCCACCCUGACAAGUCACCACCCGUCAGUAAGGAGCCAGUCCCGAUAACGCCUCAUCCCAUGCCCGACCCCCCUCUUGAUCAGGAGGAGGACUUCCCUGCUCUCAUGACCAAGAACCCACCACCAGGCUUCAAGUCCUCUUUCCCACUGAAGGCCUCAGCUCCGGCCCCGGCCUCCGUCAUGCCCCCACCUCCGCCCGGCCUUGGAAUCUCCGCCCCUAAACCUCCACCAGGAUUCACUGGGAUCCCCCUCAACAGCAACGUGGUGGAGCCUGCUUCGUCUGCAGUCAACCCGCCCCCCAAGGUGUGGAGCAGUGGUUACCUGGUGCCAGAGGACUUCAAUCAGAGGAACCUGGAGCUGAUCCAGUCCAUUAGACUGUACCUCCACAACGAUGAGUCAACGUUCAACCAGUUCAAAAACUACUCUGCACAGUUCAGACAGAGUGUGAUAUCAGCAGUCCAGUACCACAGCAGCUGUAAGGACCUGCUUGGAGAAGACUUUAACCGCAUCUUUAACGAGCUGCUGGUGCUCCUGCCGGACACCGGCAAGCAGCAGGAGCUCCUGACGGCCCACGGAGACUGCAGGGCGCUGGAGAAGCAGUCGGGCGCCGGAGGAGGAAAGAAGAACAAGAACAAGAAGAACGCCUGGCAGAUUCCGACCACGAUGGCCAACGCGGCCGCUGAGCUGGACUGCCAGGUAUGCCCCACUUGCAGACAGGUACUUGCCCCUAAAGACUUCAACUCCCACAAGACCCUGCACAACAGGGAUAGCGAGGAGUUCCCUUCGUUGCAGUCAAUUAGCCGUAUCAUCAGCUAGCCCUUCGUUCUUUUUUUUUUCCUUUACUCCAAAUGCCAUUGUGGGGUAUUAGUUCAGUUGCCCCCUGCAGCAGCGAGUGUGGAAAACAGUAGCCACGUCCCAGCGGAGUUUGGGGCUCAUAAUGAAUUGGAUUUUUAAGAAAAAAAGAUGGCUUACGUUGUUUUUGCUUUCUAAGGGGAUCAUGUUGAUAGGCUUGUGCUCCGUCUCAACUCUACUUCUUGCAUCCUUUGAGGACGUCUCCAGCUGGCUCUGGCACUGGCAACACAGGUGUAACCGGACCUGUCGAUUUAUUUAAAGAAAGAGGAGAGACGAGCCGAGGCUUUACUUGAACGCUUUGCUCCCUUAAAAUUGUAUUGAUCUACAUAUUUUUUACCUCGCUUUGUGUUUUCACUCAAGUACAAUGAUGGCAACAUGUAUUUUGUUAACAUCAAAGCUGAUGAAGUAUGUAUGAUUUCCCAGAGGGGCUGCUUGCUCAAAUAACUAAAUAAACACAAACAUGAUCAGUUCAACUACAGAGCACCAUAUUUAUUUAAGUGUAGCUGUUUUAAUUGUCCGUCGCUUCAUGCAGAGGAAGGUCUGUUGAGUGUUGGAGUGAGUGAGUGACGGGAAGUAAGCUGCUUCAGGAGCUGGAACAGUUUUUAAUGUAGUACAUCAUUUUCUUUUGUUCCGUUUACAUCACUCACCAAUGUGGUUCAUUGUGAGUGAUGGACUUGUUAUCCAGUGACGUUGCAAAUGGAAACUACACGGAACUAAACGAUGAACGAGGGUCCUCGCAUGUUUUCUCAGUUAUGUUCAAAUCUACUUUUUUAGGAUCAGUGGUACAAUGAGACAUUAACCACUGAGGUCACCAGAAGAUAUUCUAUUUAGGUCUCCAGGUUUUUUUUAAAGUAUACAUUUUGUUAAAAUGAGUUAUCAUGAAGAAAUUCAUACAGCUACCAUAAUGUUUGCAGCAGAACAAAACGUCAUUCCCCGACACGCUCUCCACUCCGCCUCCCUUUGAAUUCCAGCUUUGACAAACUGGGAAUGUGUUCUCUGUUAGUUGGAGGGUGAUCGGUGUGUGUGUGCGUGCGUGUGUGUGUGUGUGUGUGUGUGUGUGUUCCUGUAAUUUCUGCAUUUCACAUAAAACAAACUGCAUCUUUAAAAUCAGCUUUGUGUUACGUUUAUAAACUGUGUCGUGUAUUGCUCAAUGUGUAUUUGGGGGAAAGCAGACCUUCAGUCUGUUACUUUAAGGUUCUGUCAUGGUACUCGUAACAUAUUUAGCCAAUAACUUGGAUUAUGACUGUCCACAAAUACCUGUAAUGCAUUUAUUUAUUUUAAGUGACCAUCCCAAUUGCAGUUGUUUAACAUUUCAUAUAAUUUAAAGGGAAAAUUCCCAGAUUUCCAACCUUACCUCUAUCUAAGUUCGGCGUAUAGUGUGAAAUUAGCCUGUAGUUCUUUUUUUAUCCAGUGACGUUGGAGAAGAGGAAGAACGACUACAGAGUGCUUCUUCAGCUGUGGGGCAAAAUCAUACUUUAAAAACUUCAAUGUCCACUUUGCCCACCUGUAUUGCAAACUAGUUAUGUUUCCAACAGUGAAAAUGGCAUCCCAAAAUAUGUGUUUGCAGAGGAUGUUAUGGUGGGAUAUUUUUACAGUGUUUUGAAAAGAGAGGGAACGUAGAAGUGUUACUCCUCACUGGGACAGAUGUGUGCUGGAGAACUUCUGCAGGAUCCUGAAGAUAAACUGGAAGAGACGACGAGGACCAGCAGGGCGGUUUGGACAUGUUUUGUGAGAGCCGCUGCAGCGGGGCAGACGGCACAUCUUCACAUCUCACUCUUCGAUCCAACCAGAGUUGCUGAUUGUUGGAAAGACAGACUGACGGUUUUGGUGAGUUUCAAAUGAAGUGUGUUUGAAGAUGAGUUAACGAGGCUAUUUAAUUCAGGUUGUAUUCUUCUCUUUAGGUGUAACAAUAUUUAUUUUAUUGACAUUUUGUGAGUUUAUUUUGUGUAUUAGACGCAGCGAGCUCGAAAAUGUGGUUGUGUGUAGAAGGUAACCCACAAGUUACGAAUCUCUCACAAGAUGGUUAGAGUUCAGAUAGUAGUCAGCGAGUUUUCACUCUGUUUUUGCAACUUGUGGGUAACCAUCUAUUCAUGACCAUAAAAACAGGCCUUUAAACGAGCUAUAACCUUACACAAUAUUCACCUUUUAAAGUUGAUAUGGCAAACCUUUAAGCAAACAUUUUCUUAUUUUUUUUUUUUACACAUUCAACAAUUAAUGAGCAACAUAUUCAUUAGUAGUUUUUCUGUCCACCGGAUGAAUGUAAGUUCAAUAUUCACUCUACCAGCUGUAUCUGGCUCUCCAGCUGCUCUGUUCACCAGCUGACUGUCUGUCUGACAUGUGGUGCUGAGCAGGUCUUGUACAGUGACUUGUUUUAGUGCUUUUUCAAUGAAAACAGCCGCCUGUUUCUGCCAAACACAAUGCAGUGAUCGAUAACCAGAACAGUAAAGUUGCCAGACGGCUUAACAAUGAGCCGAGGGGAGCUGUAGAUGCAGGUGAUGACUCUCUAAAGGUUCACCACUAAGACCAAGGAGCUCUUUCUCGCUGUCAUGUCACACAUUGUCAUUAAAUAUAAUCUUCACAAAUCUCCAGGCAGUGAAGUCAGGGACAGAAACAGGCAGUCCAAAACAUGUUUUCUUUUUUAUUCGAGUGACGGUCAGACUGCAGUCCAGAGACAUUCAGGUAAUAGACAGUGACACACAUCUCUGUACACAUUGUUUAUACACUGAAGAGGUCGAACACCUUCAGACCAUAAAGAAACAACUCAGAGGAAACACGUUAAAGGGGUAGCACGCUAAAAAUCAAUGUUUACUUGAUUGUUGGUCGAUGAGGAGGGAGGUUUCACAUUUUUAUUAUCAAUAUUAUAGGGGGUGAUAUUGUAACAUCCAUGCAAUGUAUUAUACUGGAAACCACACAAGUGAUGGCGUCCGCGUUACUACAUGUCACCUUUUAUAAUCUCAGUCUAACAAAACAGCAUGAAAUCACAUAAAACUUUGAUUUUGGCGCCAACGGCCCCUUUGAGAGCGGUCAAACUAAGUAUUUCCAACAGAGUGCAUUCUAGCUCAUAAAUAAACAUUAAUAAUAUUUUUAUAUUUUCAGUAGUACAGGACAAACCAGACCCUAGACAGCAUCACACACAGGUUCCAUUUACUUCAAUAACGUACUGAACUUUACAACCAAUACCACGGUAGUGUACAUGGGCCAGAGCACAAAACAUAGAGAAUGCUUGUGUUUUUAUUUUUAUCUACCACACUGACUGAAGAAGAGACUGAAACACUGAGAACGAUAAUACAACCUGACCUGACAGUACCCCAAACUACCCAAUAGUACCCCAGUUGUUCCUAAUACCGCCAGCAAUAACCCAGUUUUAACGGGUAACUAGCAGCCCAGUAAUACCCAAGAUUUAAGGAACUGUACUGGCAUUUGUUUUCCAUAUUUUGGCAUAUUUAUUUAUGCUUUAAUGUUGUGUCAGUUCACUGUUGUGGAGUGGCGUCAGGUCAAUUUGAACAUUUCAUGUCUGGAAUCUCUACAAGCUGAUAUUCAAUCCUCCGAAUGAACCAAAACAAAUGUUUGUUUUUAAAGAUUAAAAACCGGUUUCUUUAGGAAAUAGUUUGCAGUGAUGUUCACGCAACAUGGAAAACCACAAAGUCCUUUAACUUGCAUCAAAUACACUUAACGGUACCAAACAAUACCCAGAGUACCUGAAAGUAUUUGGAAAAUCAACCCGUCCUGAAACCCCGAAUACUCCACAAAGUGUUUUCUGGAACUUUCCUGAUCCCAAGAUCCUAAAAGGAAAUACUACUGCGUUAUCCCUAAAUUCAUAACGUAUACUCACUUAACUAUGCACUCGCUGACAGUCUGGUGAAUAAAAUGCUUUUGUAAAAAAAAAGUCAUGCUCAAAGGUAAAUCUUAAACCUUAUCUUUGUUUUACAAGACUUUAAAAUGAUCUUUAUCCUUUUAAUGCUCCAACUAGAACAAACACAUUGGCUUAAUACCCAUUUGCCUGAAGACUGCAUUCAGAAUCUGCAUUAUUACUCUGAGUCAUUAACCUCAUUAAUUAUGAUUUUAGACGGCAGAUAACCCUUUUUACUCUGAGUAUAUACUAGACAGGAGCUGGAAUACAGAGCGUGUGCUGCACCCGACUACCUCACUCACUCCAGUUUAUAUUUGUGUUUCUGGGUGCAGAGAGUUUCACCCUGGAGCUUUAAGAUACACACACACACACAAGCGCAUGUGUACGUGUGACCGACUCGAGGUUGAGGUGACGUCACUGAAUAAACAAAGAGUUGUUCGGGCGUGCGGCCAAAGUUCUGACAAUGAACUGCGAUUAAUAAAACACAGGAAUAUAUCCAGACAGCUGGCCAAUCUCAUUUUGCAAAAAAAAAAACAACUUGUCAACUUAAGAAUUACAUAGUAUUCAAUAUAUAAUGAGAUCUAUACAACAAUUUCAUGCAUUAUUAUCAUGAUCACUUUUAAAACUCUGGUCCCGGUGCUGCAGUACCGUCUCCGGUCGACAGAGGGCGCUGUCUACAAAGGACCGAUCAGAAUAGCAGGCAAAGCGUUCUACGGGUCAAUAUUAUCACUAAUAUGAAGUUUUAUAUUUGGCUCUCUUCAUCAAAACAAACUCUUAGUUCCGUACUUUGUAAUUCAUACAUCUUGACGGUGACACUGAUAAAAUAUUUAGCAUUUUGGGGGAUAUGAUUAAAGGGUGUGACAGACUUAUGAUUCCCUCCUCUGCACUAAAACACGUGUUCAAGAAUAACUUCUGCACCACAAAAUGUAAUUAACUACACGGAUUCACACAUUUUCACACACGCCCCCCCACACGUCUCCCAUGCUAAUACACGUACACCUGUUGCACGUGGACACACACACACACACACACCAAAACUACAGUUUCACUGAUGGCGAGUGUACGUGAACCACGACACAGACACUGCUGCACACCGACAUGGUUGGCAUGAUAACUAUCUACAUCUGGGCCCUUAGUGACCAACAUCCACCCAAACCUGUCCCCAAAAUUCAGACGACUCUCCGACCUUCCUCACUGAAUAAGAGCUCAUCUGUUGCCCC